AUGUCAUUACAUAACGUCCCAUAUACCGGCUAUCGGAGGGAUAACGUCCCAUAUACCGGCUAUCGGAGGGAUAACGUCCCAUAUACCGGCUAUCGGAGGGAUAACGUCCCAUAUACCGGCUAUCGGAGGGAUAACGUCCCAUAUACCGGCUAUCGGAGGGAUAACGUCCCAUAUACCGGCUAUCGGAGGGAUAACAUCCCAUAUACCGGCUAUCGGAGGGAUAACAUCCCAUAUACCGGCUAUCGGAGGGAUAACAUCCCAUAUACCGGCUAUCGGAGGGAUAACAUCCCAUAUACCGGCUAUCGGAGGGAUAACAUCCCAUAUACCGGCUAUCGGAGGGGUAACAUCCCAUAUACCGGCUAUCGGAGGGGUAACAUCCCAUAUACCGGCUAUUGGAGGGAUAACAUCCCAUAUAUCGGCUAUUGGAGGGAUAACAUCCCAUAUAUCGGCUAUUGGAGGGGUAACAUCCCAUAUACCGGCUAUCGGAGGGAUAACAUCCCAUAUACCGGCUAUCGGAGAUAUACCGGCUAUUAG